AUGUAUGUCAAACGAGUCUCUCUCACCUCAAAGAAGAACUGGUGGAUGGUGGAGAUCGAUGAGGAGGAGUCGAGCACAAAACCGCCUCUGCUUAACUCUUCAUCUGAUUCUUUCUCGUCCUCGGAAGAGACCAAGGUGGCACCUGAUGACGGUCACUACAAGCCAGACGCCGAUGUACAUGUAAAAAGCCCCUCCCCGAAUCCAUCGAUACCGGUCUAUAAACCACCUCGACACCCAACUGCCAUCUUCUCUUUCCCGACCCCUACAGCAUACUCCGCGCCUCCCAACCCAACAGCAAAUCUCGUCCCCUGUGCACAGGGUUCUGCAUCCGAACUCUUCAAAUGCAUUGUCAAGAGGCCCGACGUCAUACAGCUCGAAAUUAAUGGGGAAAUGCAAUCUAACGCGUCAGACGUCACCACCCAGUUCCUUGCCGAGCUACGUGUGUACACGAAAGUGGCUAGACACCGUAACAUUGCUGCAUUCCUGGGAUGUUUGGAGAAUGUGGGGAUGGUUCUUGAGUAUGUGGACGGACGAACCUUGUACGAGGUCAUCCGUCAACGACCACCCCUCACAAGAGAUAAGAAGAUUGAUUUCCAUAACCAGCUCCUUGCCGGCCUGACGCACCUCCAUUCGUAUGGCCUGAGCCACGGUGACCUGUCGUUAUUGAACGUACAAGUCACUUGGUCCUCAGAUACGAUAAAGCUCCUCGAUUUUGGGCGCUCUGUCUCCAUCGACUCGAGACUCAUACCGCCUUCCGACGAGCCUGCUGAUCCAUGGCAACACUUUGCACGCAAGGCGACGAGCCCAGGUUACAGAACACCCCAGCAGAGGAUAGAGCAGAUUCAUCCAGGGACCCGGCCCUUCGCGGCGCCAGAAGUGUUACGAGAAGAGUGUGAAGAUCCCCUCCUCGCGGAUGCAUAUAGUUUUGGGAUGAUCCUCAUAUGCAUCGACCGGUGUGAAAUGGUAGACAUGAAGCCAUGGGAACAACGCAAAGAUGCGGUACCUGACUAUUUGUUCGCGGGGGGCGAGAUUUUCGAGGAGCGGGCGAGGGAGUACCUGAGGAGAUGGGACUUGAGGAGAAGACUUACCAAGGAAGAUGCCUUUCCAACCGAUAGCUGA